CAUGCCGGGGAUGGACACAUAGGAUAACAUGCCGGGGAUGGACACACAUGGGAUAACAUGCCGGUGAUGGACACAUGGGAUAACAUGCCGGGGAUGGACACAUGGGAUAACAUGCCGGGGAUGGACACAUGGGAUAACAUGCCGGGAUGGACACACGGGAUAACAUGCCGGGGAUGGACACACGGGAGAACACGCCGGGGAUGGACACACGGGAGAACACGCCGGGGAUGGACACACGGGAGAACACGCCGGGGAUGGACACACGGGAGAACACGCCGGGGAUGGACACACGGGAUAACA